UCUCUCCAUCUCUCUCUCUCUAUAUUACAUAACCAUAUAUACAUACACAUAUCUUCUCUCUAUAUUCAUCAUCAUCAUGGCAGUUAACGGAAGUGCUUCUUCAGGUGGUUUGAUCGUUAGUUUCGGUGAGAUGUUAAUCGAUUUCGUUCCAACAGUUUCCGGCGUAUCCUUAGCCGAAGCUCCCGGUUUUCUCAAAGCUCCUGGCGGCGCGCCGGCAAACGUCGCUAUCGCCGUCACAAGACUCGGCGGUAAAUCGGCGUUCGUCGGGAAAUUGGGUGAUGAUGAGUUUGGACAUAUGCUUGCUGGGAUUUUGAAACAGAACGGUGUUCAAGCUGAUGGGAUUAAUUUUGAUAAGGGUGCUAGAACGGCGUUGGCGUUCGUGACUCUACGCGCUGAUGGAGAGCGUGAGUUCAUGUUUUAUAGGAAUCCUAGUGCUGAUAUGUUGCUUACACCCGAUGAAUUGAAUCUUGAUCUUAUUAGAUCUGCUAAGGUGUUCCACUACGGAUCAAUUAGUUUGAUCGUGGAGCCAUGCAGAUCAGCACAUUUGAAGGCAAUGGAAGUAGCAAAGGAGGCUGGGGCAUUGCUCUCUUAUGACCCAAACCUCCGUUUGCCACUGUGGCCAUCAGCAGAGGAGGCGAGGACCCAAAUCAAGAGCAUCUGGGACAAGGCAGAUGUGAUCAAGGUCAGUGACGUCGAGCUCGAAUUCCUCACUGGAAGUGACAAGAUUGAUGAUGAAUCCGCGAUGUCUUUAUGGCAUCCCAACUUGAAGCUCCUCUUGGUCACCCUUGGUGAGAAGGGUUGCAACUAUUACACCAAGAAAUUUCAUGGAAGCGUUGAUGCAUUCCAUGUGAAGACUGUUGACACCACCGGAGCUGGUGAUUCUUUUGUUGGUGCCCUUCUAACCAAGAUUGUUGAUGACCAAGCCAUUCUUGAGGAUGAAGCAAGGUUGAAGGAAGUACUAAGGUUUUCAUGUGCAUGUGGAGCCAUCACAACCACCAAGAAAGGAGCAAUCCCAGCUCUACCUACAGAAGCUGAAGCCCUCACUUUACUUAAGGGAGGAGCAUAGAAUGAUGAUGAUGUUACCCUUUUUUAAUUCUUUUACAUCUCCAUAUAUUUGGCCCCUUUAUGAGUUUUUGCUUUCAAUCUAUCAAGCUAGUAGCAACCUUUCAAUUUUUAGUUUUGGGGUUUCGGAUUUUAAUGUUUUCUUGUGAUGAUCAAAGACUGUGCAUAAAGGCACUUAAUAAACUAAGCUUUCCUA